AUGUUCUAUGACCUUAAUGUGCCGUAUUCUGCUGAGGAUCCUGGGAUACUGAAUACUCUCGAAUUCUUGGCCGAACUGGGGUACACAACAGUAGCUCUGUCGCAAACAAUAUCAGGCAAGGUGCCUUCCAAACUUACUCCUCCGCAGCUUCCCUCGAACGCCCCGAAAUCUCUCACGCUUUUGACCCGUCUCACCAUCGUCCUCUCCGAUCCAGCCGACACCCCCCGUUUAGCGAACAUAAUUCCGCUCUACUCUAUUGUGGCAGUACGCCCAACAAACGAGAAAAGCCUUUUGAAUGCUUGCACAAACAUGGAGUGUGAUCUGAUAUCGAUUGAUCUCUCUGUCCGAUUUCCCUCCCACUUCAAGAUCAACACUCUCAAGUCUGCAUUCGACCGAGGCGUCAGAUUCGAAAUAUGUUAUAGCUCUGGGAUAACUGGAGGUGGGCCUGAAGCCCGCAGAAACGUCAUUGGAAAUGCGCGAGCUCUCGUUAGAGCAACCCGAGAAGGUCGAGGUAUAAUAAUAUCAAGCGAGGCAAAGAGGGCGUUAGCAAUACGUGCACCAAUGGAUAUUGUCAACCUUGCCUGUCUCUGGGGGUUCUCCCAGGAACGAGGCAAAGAAGCCAUCUGCGAGGAAGUUAGGAAAGUCGUUGCUCUAUCGAGCUUGAAGCGAACUAGCUGGCGAGGCAUCGUGGACAUCGUGGAUGGUGGACAGAAAAAAAACCAACCCCGAGAUACCCCUGGGAAGCAGAAUGAAAAGAAGGAUAUUCCGAUAGUUGAAAAGAAUGGGGAAAGUCUCAAACGGAAAGCUUCUCUGGGCUCAGUCCCUGAAAACGAGAAGCCUCUCUCCAAGCGCGAAUUAAAGCGCCGGGCGAAAAAGGCUCGCCUCGAGGCAAACGCACCGUCAUAA